AUGUAUCAGAUAUUAUAAUAUCUGAUUCUAUUUGUGGAAGAUAAGGUUGUUUAAAUAUUGAAAAAAGUAAUGUUUAAAACAGAAGAUUGUUAGAGUCAAAGGAGAAAUUCAUUUAAUAAUUAGAAUAGGAGUUCUCAAUAAAUAAAUACCUUUGCUAAAACAACUCUGGAACAAAUGGAACAUAUGCAGAAUUGUCUAUUUUAAUUUAAUAAUGCAUAAUAAUCGGGAGGAGCUGUUUACGUUAAAGAAAGUGAUGAAUUAUUGAUAACCAAUAGUUGGAUACUGAAGAAUUAAGCAAAGAUGGGAGGUGGACUGUAUUUGGAAGAUUCAAACGACUUAGAUUAUCUAGCACUCCAAACCAAAAUCAGCAAUAAUUCUGCCAAACUUUUUGGUGAUAAUGUUGUUGCAAUUCCUUAGAAACUUACAUUAGCUUAAUUUGAUGAAAAGACCUUAUUUGAAACUGUAUAAAUUAUAAACACAGAUAAUAUUCUAAUUGAAUAAGUGAAACAAUAAUUAUAGUAGAUUCAAUUCGAUAAUGAAAUUCAACUUCCAAGUGGGUAAAAGAUUUCUAGUUAUGCUAAAUUCGAUAAGCAUACUAGAUCAGUUAUUGCUUAAGGUAGAGAUUAAUAAGUUAUUAAAAAUCUUAGAAACACAUAUUGUACGAUAGAAAGUAGAAUAUUGAAUAAAUCCAAUAAUGAUGAUAGUGGGAUCUUCUCAAAUAAUCUAACGAACAUUUAGAAAGUGUUAUUUAAUGAAACUACUCAAGAUUAUAACUUAGAUGAAUUAAUUGUUUAUUUUAACAAUGAAUAGCCUCCAAAUAUUGUAUUAUAGCUAUAAUUCUCGUGUGAUUCAGUAAUCGUCCCAAUAUAUAAUAAAGAGUACCCUUAUAAUAUAUUGAAUAAACAUACAAACUAUCAUUUAAGAGUGAAUAUCAAAACUUUUGAUUGUUAAUAUGGAGAAACAAAAAAUUAUACAGACUUUUCAUGUAUCCCAUGUAACAGUGAGCAAGGAUUAUUUUCUUUAAAAAUUGAUUCUUAGAAAUGUGAAAUCAAAGAUGAUAUCUCAACAAUAAGUGUUUAGUCUGCUUUAUUGAAUUUAAAAGCUGGAUAUUGGAGACCAUAUUUUGAAACCAAUCGAAUUAGUAAUUGCAUAAACAAACCUGAGAAUUGUUUAGGAGGAUGGAUUGAAGGUGAUACAUCAUGUCUCAAAGGCCAUAUAGGGGCUUUAUGUGAAGAAUGUGAUUUAUAUGCUAUUAGAGAAGGAACUCACUUUUCAACCAGUUAAAAGUACUCCUGUGCUUCAUGUUAAGAAACAUCUAGGAAUUUCAUCUUGAUCGCUUUUGUGACUAUAUGGACUUUAAUAUCAAUUUUCAUAUCAGUUUAAAGUAAUCUAAAGUCUAUUAAAUAAUCAAUUAGAGUCACGAGUGUCCUUCUUAUUAAAUUAGCAGCAAUUUAAAUCAGUAAUUAAUCAGCAAUUUUAAUCAAAAUAUUAACUAACUAUCUGCAAAUUUUGGCUGCUAUCGCUACAUUUAAAUUGAAAUUACCAAUCUAAUUUCAAAGUACUAUUGAUACUGCAGGAUCGCCAGUUUAAACAAUGACAUAUUCAAUGGAUUGCUUUUUAGCUACCCUUUUCUCAUUUGAAAUUCAAUAUGCCCGAAUGAUUUGGUAAAUUAUACUGCCUUUUAUUUAUAUCAGUUUCUUCUUCACAUGCUACUUAAUUGCAAUUAAAUUUAAACUUGCUAGUUAUAAUAAGAGCGUUAUUACAACCACUAUUAUAUACAUGUACAUCUAUUUACAAACGAGUUUAGUCGGAGGAUUUGCCCAACUUAUAUCCUAUAGAAACAUUUCAGGAUACUAGUGGAUCUAAGCAAAUACUUCCUAAAGAUUCGACACCUCUUAUCACUAUAGGUGGAUUCUCUAAUUUUGUAUUCCUAUGCUUACUCUUUUAUCAAUUAUAAUCCCAUCUUAUUUCCUAUUUAGUUUGAACAGAAACUCUGAAAAUUUGGAUAAGAAUCAUGUAAAAUCAUAAUGGGGUUAUUUGUAUAAUGAAUACAAGUACAACGCUUAUUUUUGGGAAUUAAUCAAAAUUGCAUAAAAAUAACUAAUGAUGAUUUGCCUAAUUUAUUAUGAUGAUAAUGUAAUCUUAAAAGCCACUAUGGUUGCAAUCAUUAUUGUAGUUUAUUUAGAAUUAAGUAAGAAAUAUAAGCCCUAUAAUCGUGAUUAACUAAAUAACUUAGAUUGUUAAACUAUGAAUACAUGUUUGGCCACAAUAAUUUUAGCAGCUGGCAUUUAUAUUUCAGAAUCCACUAAUGUGGCUGAAGUAAAAAUUCCAUAUUUUAUGUUAAUUGCUAUAUUGAAUAUCUUAAUUUCUUAUAUUUUAAUAUCCAAAAUUGUAGUGGAAUAUUUCAAAAAGGCAGGUCUUACGAUGGAAAGAGUAGAAAAAUUCAAAUAAUAUAUCAGAGAAGUCUUUCCUUUUCUUAAUAGAGUUCCAUUUAUAUCAAGAUUAUUAAUGGACAAUAGAAAUAAAAGAAAAAGAAUUGCAGAAUUAUAUAUGAAAUUAAAAUAAUUUUUAAUAUCAUAAGCUAGAGAGAUAAUUUUAUUCAAGAGUUCUUAGUUGAAACUAGACAGUCAUAGAAGUUCAGAUCAAUAAAUUCACACAAAUCAAUUAAGCUUAAGAAGCUUACAUCUUGGCAAAGAUUAAGAAUAUUUAAUUAGAGAAUCCUUAAAAUAAUCUUCAUUAAAUACUCCUAAGAAUGUUUUGGAUUCAAAUGUUUUCGAUUAAAUAAAUUUAAAACGAAAUGAAUAAUUGAAGUCUAAAUUUAAUACUUAAACGUAAUUAAAUAAUAACGAGAAAUUUAAUGAUAAUAAGGAGGAAUGA